AUGGAGGAAAAGGAGCAGGUCGCUGUGAUAACGACGGAUAAAGGAAAAAUUGUAAUUGAAUUAUAUCCAGACUCAGCACCUGCUACUGUUGAUAACUUCAGAAAGCUAAUUCAGAAAAAGUUCUACGAUUGGCUAACAUUUCAUCGUAGAGUGGACAAACCAGGCCUGAAUAUUAUUCAGGGAGGCGAUCCGGAUGGGGAUGGAACGGGAGGGCCCGGAUAUACCAUCAUUGAUGAACAUACCAACCCGAACCAAGUUCCUCAUCAACGAGGGGCAAUUGCCAUGGCAAACACAGGCAACCCCAACUCGGCAGGAAGUCAGUUUUAUAUCUGUCUAAAAGCGCAGCCGUUCUUAGACGGCCGGUACACAACGUUUGGUCAAGUUAUUCAGGGUAUGGAGGUCGUAGACCUGUUGAGGGUCGGCGACGAAAUGAAAAAAGUUCGAUUGGAGGCGAAGUCAAAAUAUGUUACUUCAGAAUAA